CAAUGUGUCAACAUACAAUCCACGAGGUAGGAGAAAACAUAACAUCGAAUUUCGGUGCCUCUUUUUACGUGCCAAAAAUCUGUGUUAUUUUUUCCCUCUUUCUUUCUUUCAACACUGUCACUCACUCAUUCACUCCUUUUCAUACUUUUCUCUUCCCUCUAGUCCCAUCUUCAAACCCUUUCCACACAAACCCAUUUUCCCCAAACAUGGGCGCUUCUGGCAACAAUCUUCUUCAAGUUCUCCUCAAAAACUUCGACGUUCUCGCUCUGCCUUUGGUGACCCUCGUUUAUCCUCUACAUGCUUCAAUCAAGGCUAUUGAGACCAAGUCUAGUGUUGAUGACCAACAAUGGCUCACGUAUUGGGUUCUCUACUCUUUGAUCACUCUCUUCGAGCUUACAUUUGCCAAAGCUCUUGAACUGCUUCCAAUUUGGCCUUAUGCAAAGUUGAUACUGAGUUGUUGGUUGGUUCUUCCUCACUUUAACGGAGCAGCACAUGUUUAUAGACACUAUCUUAGACCAUUCUACAUGAAUCCACAAAUGCCACAAAUGCCGCAAAUACCAGGAACUUCUCAAAUGUGGUAUGUUCCGCGGAAGAACAUAUUUAGUAAACAAGACGAUGUUCUUACGGCUGCAGAGAGAUAUAUGCAGGAACAUGGAACUGAAGCAUUUGAAAGACUCAUUACCAAGACUGACAGAGAAGCUAGAGCAAGGAGGAAUGGAAAUUACAUGAUCUUUGAUGAUGACUAUAGAUAUUAAUUGUUUUAACCAAGAGACAUUAUAUGAUGUUUUUCACCUUUAGUGUCACUUUAAUAGUUAAGUAGGUACCAAAUUGUACUCUAAUCUAAUUAGUAAUAUUGUUGGCUUGGCGGAAUUGGAUAGAUCAAGAGGUAUCUAUAAUCAAAUUAGUGAGUGUUUGUUUUAGUAAAAUACAUAUAAUCUUCUCAGUAACUUGUACUGG